UGAGCCGUGCGCGAGACUAGUACACCGCAGCGGGAAAGGUCACGGAGAGUCUUGCUUGUCGUCUGCUCGCUGUCUAAUAGCGUUAGUGACAUUUUUGAUCGAGCGCAUCUAUAUUUUAGAAACUAGACCAUGGCAGACACAGAACCAACCCGAACCGUCGCAAUUGCUAUAGACCAGAGCGAAUACUUCCGGCAUGCGUUGGAAUUUUAUUGCAAUAUCGCCCACCAGCCAGGUUCCAAAGUUCUAGUCUUACACAUUGUCGACCCACUCUAUUUAACAUCUCUUGUGGCUUCGGCUGGCUUUGGUCAGGGUGGUGCUCUGGCUGCUCUUCCUUCCAGCCAUUGGCAGCAAAUGGCAGCAGAGCAGAAAGAGAAGAUCAGGCAGCUGAAGACGAAGUUGGAGCCUCUUUUUGAGGGAAAAUCGAUUCCACGACACUGGCGGGUGAUAGAAACAACGGCAGCACCCGGAGAGGCAAUUGUAGCAACCGCAAAUGAGGUUGGCGCGAGUUUGAUUGUUGUCGGCAGUCGCGGCCAAGGGGCGGUCAGGAGGACAAUUUUGGGAAGUGUUUCAGAUUACGUGUUACAUCAUGCUAAAGUUCCCGUUCUGGUCUCUCACGGACGCCAUUAAAUUACAUGGACAUGUCAUUUAAAAUAAAAACGACUCAUAGCGAAUCAUAAAACAAUUUCAUCUACAUGUAGACAAUAAGCAGAGGGAUACUUAUGUAGUGUUCUAGUUUAUAACCUCAACGAUAGAAGUCUUCACCAGAGUAUGGAGCUGCUCCUUUAAGGCCCAUACACACAUACGCGAUUUAGAGCGUUUGACGUCUACGUGUUGAUCAGCAGCCCGAAGUCAUUGGGCAAAACGUUGGGCGUUAUUGCUAUCGGUCAAUAAGGAUACGAUUGACCUUUAACUUUGUAAACAAUGGUUUAAGAGAUGCACUUCACAAUAUUAUGAUUAAUUUUCCAAUGUUGUCAAAUCUGAUUGAUAAAACGAAUAAACGUCGGUAUUUUCAAUUAA